GGUUCCACCCCACCGACGAGGAGCUCGUCGGCUACUACCUCCGGAAGAAGGUGGCCUCGCAGAAGAUCGACCUCGACGUCAUCCGCGACGUCGACCUGUACCGCAUCGAGCCAUGGGAUCUCCAAGAGCACUGCAAGAUCGGGUACGAGGAGCAGAGCGACUGGUACUUCUUCAGCUACAAGGACCGCAAGUACCCGACGGGGACGCGGACGAACCGGGCGACGCUGACGGGGUUCUGGAAGGCGACGGGGCGGGACAAGGCGGUGCGCGACAGCAAGCACGGCGGCGGGCUCAUCGGCAUGCGGAAGACGCUCGUGUUCUACACCGGGAGGGCGCCCAACGGCCGGAAGACCGACUGGAUCAUGCACGAGUACCGGCUCGAGACCGACGAGAACGCCGCGCCUCAGGCAAGACCCUAGCCCCUCCGAUCUGCUAGUAGCUCCUUCAAUUCAGCUAGCUCCCGUUCCAAUCACCGUCUCUCUUUUCAUGAGUUCGUUCGCUCAUGUUCAUGCUAUCAUGCCUUGCAUCCUAGUUAGUCUUCUGCGUGCUCCUGCUCUGGGCCUGUGGCUUCCCAGCGCUGGCCGCGGCCACUGUUCGCCGGCGACGGCGACGAGAGCAGCAGGAGGGCGCGGGGGUGCCGCCUCGGCCGGGGAAAGCUAACUUGGUCAGUUGCCUGUUGGGCUUUCCAGGCUAUGUUGGGCUGCAGAUUCUGGCCAGCCCAUUUAGCAGCAUGUUGAUUUCCCAGACCUGCUAAAAGAUUUGGCCCAAUCAUGAACAAGCAUGUUGACGAGGCUAGCAUAAUAAUAAUUUAACAAUUCAGAGAAAAACUACUCAUGUUCGUGUUCAGAUAAUGCAGUGGCGAUACAAAAUAUGCACUCGAUCGGUAGAGUAUUUUUCCGAAAUUGGAUUAUGUCUUUGGCUUUUGGCUCGUCAGGAUUACUAUCGACAAGUAUUUCUGAAGCAAGCUUGUGUUCAUGCAGGAAGAAGGGUGGGUGGUGUGCCGAGCGUUCAAGAAGCGCACCAUGCACCCGCCGCGGAGCGUCGCCGGAGCGUGGGACCCGAGCUACCCCUACUACCACGACCCCGUCCUCGCCGGCGCGGCGCGCUUCAAGCAAGAGUCCCCCGAGCUGGACGGCGGCGCCGCCUCCGCAGCCAGCGCCCUCCUGCAGUACUCCAGCCGCCUCGCGGAGCUCCCGCAGCUCGAGAGCCCGCCGCUGCCGAACCAGGGGAGCCACCGGGCCUCGGCCGACGGCGAGGGGGAUCCCGCGGCGGCCACGGACUGGAGGGCGCUCGACAGGUUCGUCGCGUCCCAGCUCAUCCCUCCUGACGAGGACCACGCCGCCGCCGGGCAGGGCGGCUUGCAACAGCAGGAGUAUUAUUGCGGCAAGCCGCCGCUGGGGGCGGCGCACGCCGAGGACAGUACUGAUCAGGACGCGACGGACAUGGUGGCGCUGCUGCUCCUGGACGGCGCCGCCCGGCACGAGGAAGCCGGGCUGCUGGGCUCCGUGGCCGACCCUGCGUGCCUGCACAAGAACGCGGCGAGAUUUCGCAAACCAUAGGUGGCAGCAGUGCACUAUACAUAUGUAUAUUCGUGUAGCUGAACUUGGCAUGCGUUGUCGCGUCCGAUCGUUUUCGUUUCGUGCUUGCAUUGCCUGGUGAUGGCCGUAGCUUCGUCCAUCGUCGCCGUUCCCGUGCCUAUAGGGUGAUGCGUAUAUAUAUACAAUAUAUAGUUUCACAAAUUGCAAUCACGAAUAUCGCCGGAGCAUUUGCUGUU